AUGGAGCAUCAUCCCCAAAAGGAAGACAAGUUUGAGAUUUUACUCUCCACUUUGGAGCUAAAGUUGCAGAGUUCUUGUUUUCGACACGAGGACGAGGAAGAAGAAGAAGAUUGUCGGGAUGAUUUCGUCAAGACUCCGAGAUCUUUGGAGCCUGCAGUGGUUCUUCAGUGUCCUCCGCCACCGAGAAAACCCAGGAGGUUGCCGUCGGCGAAACGGAAGGCCGGUGUUGGCCGGUCGAUCUUUAUGUCGCAUAAUUGUCUCUUCCGCGAAAUGGAGGUUGAUUUGGAGCUGCUGUUUCCUUCGAAUCAGCUUUAUGGCGGUAGGAUUGUUAAGAAGGUGAAACGACGACGUUUCUUUUGA